CAAGACAUCCAGAACCUGGCUGUAGCCAUCCAGGAGACCCAAGCCAACAUCCCGGAUAGAGGUGAGCUACAACACACCCUGGACCAAUCAGCCAAUGAACUGAUUGUGUGGGAGGACAAGCUAGCUCAGCUCAAAGCAGACACGGAAUACGAACUACGUGGGCUGUUGGCCAAGCGAGAGACCUUGGACGAAGAUGGCAUGGAACUGGAACAAUUCCG